AUGGCACGUACUAAGCAGACCGCUCGGAAAUCCACCGGUGGUAAAGCGCCGCGUAAACAACUGGCCACCAAAGCAGCCCGUAAGAGCGCACCAGCAACCGGCGGUGUUAAGAAACCACAUCGCUACAGGCCCGGUACCGUCGCUCUCCGUGAGAUUCGUCGCUACCAGAAGAGCACCGAGCUCCUCAUCCGCAAAUUGCCGUUCAAACGUUUGGUGCGUGAAAUCGCUCAGGAUUUCAAGACCGACCUCCGCUUCCAGAGCUCCGCCGUGAUGGCCCUUCAAGAGGCUAGCGAAGCUUACCUAGUCGGGUUGUUCGAAGAUACCAACUUAUGCGCGAUUCAUGCAAAACGCGUAACCAUUAUGCCGAAAGACAUACAGUUGGCGCGCAGAAUUCGCGGGGAACGAGCUUAA